AUGGCAACACAUGCAAGGGAGAAGCAGUUUAAAUGUAAUGUUUGUGAUUAUGCAGGAACUACUAGCAAGAAUUUGAAGAUACAUAUGCUAAAACAUACAGGCGAGAAACGAUUUAAAUGCAGUUACUGUACUUACGCAUGUUAUCGAAGCUGUGAUUUAAAGGCUCAUAUGUUAAAACAUACAGGAGAGAAACGCUUUAAGUGCGGUUAUUGUGCUUAUGCAUGCUGUCGAGGCAGUGAUUUAAAGGUACAUAUGUUAAUACAUACUGAAGAGAAACGCUUCAAAUGUGAUGUUUGCAAGUAUGAAUGUAAUGUUAAAAGUUAUUUAAAGAAACAUAUGGCAGUACACACGGGAGCAAAACGCUUUAAGUGUGAUUACUGUGAUUAUGCUGGCAGUAGUGAUAGUCAUUUGAAGAAUCAUAUGUUAACACAUACAGGUGACAAAAGCUUCAAAUGUAAUGUUUGUGAAUACACGUGUCAUCAAGGCAGUACUUUGAAAACUCAUAUAUUCAAACAUACCGGAAAGAAACGCUUCGAAUGUGAAGUUUGUGGUUAUGCAUGUUAUGCUAGAGGUGAUUUAAAGAAACAUAUGGCAAUACACACAGGAGAGAAACGGUUUAAGUGUGAUCAGUGUGAUUAUGCCAGUAAUCAUAGCGGUAAUGUUUAUCAGCAUAAGUUAAUACAUACAGGAGUGAAACGCUUCAAAUGUAACAUUUGUGAUUAUGCAUGCCAUCAAGGCAGUGUUAUGAGGAGACACAUGUUCAAACAUACAGGAAAGAAACGCUUCAAAUGUGAAGUUUGUGAUUAUGCAUGUAAUGGUAGUACUAAUUUAAAGCAACAUAUGGCAAUACACACAGGAGAGAAACGGUUUAAGUGUGAUUAUUGUGAUUAUGCCAGUAAUCAUAGCAGUAAUGUUAAACAGCAUAUGUUUAUACAUACAGGAGAGAAACGCUUCAAAUGUAGUAUCUGUGAUUAUGUGUGUCGUCAAGGCAGUACUUUGAAGACACAUAUGAUUAUACAUACAGGAGAGCAACCUUUUAAAUGUGAUGUCUGCAGUUAUGCCUGUCGUCAAAGAGGUAAUUUGAAGAAACAUAUGGCAACACAUACAUAA